UUCUCAAGGCAAUGAAUGAUGACGAUGAUGAUGAUGAUGAUGAUGGGAAUAGACAUGCUUAAAGUUCUGGUUUGUUCAGUUUUUUGCAGCAUUUGUUUUCUUGAUGCGGCUGUCAUCAAUAAUAGAGAUGCAAUGACAUACCUUGAGAAAAAUGGUUAUAUGGUACCAGGAAAGUCCCAAAGAGAUUCAAUAUUGCACUUCCAAUGUUUUACCCAUCUUCCACAGACAGGUGUCAUUGAUGAAGGAACCAUGGAGAUGAUGAACCAACAAAGAUGUGGUGUGCCAGAUAUACAAGUCACAGCCAACUUUAGAACUACCCGUCUCAAAUGGAAUCAUAAAAGAAUUUCUUACAAUUUUGUCAACUAUUCUCCUGAUUUGCCAAGAAAUAUUGUGGAGCUGGUCCUUACAAAAAGUUUCAAGAUAUGGAGUGAUGUUACUAGUUUACGAUUCAACCAGAUAAACUCUCUAGAUGCUGAUCUGAAUAUAAGAUUUGCUGCAGGUGUACAUGGCAACAAACUCACUGAUCCACCUUUUGAUGGGCCUGGCAAUAUCUUAGCACAUGCUUUUUACCCCAGAGAUGGCCGCAUACAUUUUGAUGAAGAUGAAAACUGGACUAUAGAGUCCCGAUCAGGCAGGAAUCUACUAAAUGUUGCUGUUCAUGAAAUAGGACAUGCUCUGGGCCUAGGUCACAGUUACAUCAAAGAAGCAAUAAUGUAUCCCUAUAUACCUCCAUACAACCCAGAUUUUCACCUGCACACGGAUGACAUAGCAGGCAUCAGAAGUCUCUAUGGCAACAAUGAAGACUGGACUAACCCUAUCAAUGAAAAAUGCAUCACACCAUCAAAUGUCAAAAUGGUCAGUGGAAUCACAAGUCUUCAGUUAUGCAAAGACGCAUGUAAGGCAGAGCAAUCGUUUGUAUGCCUGGCUUUGGACUACAAUGAACGUUUAGAAACAUGUCAACUUUCACGCACCUACCACCUUAACUCUAUCUAUAGGGAAUGUCCUGGGUAUGUCUCUACAGAAAGAAGGACAGGAGGGCCAUGGACCGAUAAGUACAAUACAUGCAUACAAGGAAACGAUGACGCGAUUGUUGAAAAUGCCCAAUGUUACCAAAGCUGCAAGGUGAAGUGCUAUGCUGAAAACUCAUUUGUUUGCCUCUCAUUUGAGUUUGAACGUGCAAAAAAUGAAUGUCGCUUAUCCAAGAAGAAUUCAUCUAAUGCCACUCUGCAGAGACCUUGUCCAAAUAGAGGCGUUCAUUAUUUUGAACGACAACAAGGAUAGGCAUUCAUGAACAUUUGAAACUAAAGGACAGAGCAUUAUACAUUUGGAGGACCUACUCUAACCUGGAUGAUAUUUGUUUCAGAAUUAAACAAAUAUUCAGAAACUGCUAAGAUUAAGAACUGAAUUAAAUAAGCAAGCUGCAAUUAUACAUGUAUAUAUGCUUUUAAAACUGCAUGAUUGUCACUGACAUUCAUCAUACUGUAUGUAAGAAAUGUUCAAUAUAGCAAGGGUUUUGUAAGCAAGGC